GGUUCAGCUUCAAGCUAAGAUGUCGGCCGUGAGCAGGGUCUUGACUCCGCCCAGUCUCUCUCGUUUCUGUGGGGCUAUGGCUGGGGCGCUGCUGGGGGAUUGUAUCGGUGGGGAGUUCGAGGGGAAGGAGCUGGUCAGGAUGCAGGAUGUGAUUGAAGCCGUCCAAGCCUUGGAGGAGGAGAGGCAGGAGGAAGGUUCAUUAGUAUAUUCGGAUGAUACAGCAAUGACCAGGUGUGUGGCACAGUCACUGAUAAGUAAACAAGAUUUUGACGAAGUGGAUAUGGCUAAGAGGUUUGCUGAGGAAUAUAAAGAACAGCCGAACCGUGGCUAUGGAAGUGGUGUCAUUCGUGUAUUUAAGAAACUUCUUAGCCCAAACUGUAAUGAUGUUUUUAAACCGGCAAGGGAACAGUUUAAGGGAAAGGGUUCCUAUGGAAAUGGAGGUGCCAUGAGGAUCGCUCCUAUUGCACUGGCAUAUCCGGAUAUUCGGGAUGUUAUAAAGUUUGCAAAGAAAAAUGCAGAAGUGACGCAUGCAUCCUCACUGGGCUACAAUGGAGCUAUCCUGCAGGCCCUCGCUGUUCAUCAUGCCUUGCAGGGGGAGUUGAAGGAGGACAAGUACUUGGAUCAUCUCAUUGGGGAAAUGCAGUUGAUCGAGAAUGAUGAGAAAUCUCUUUCAGAUGCAAAAGACUUUCAUGAGUUUCCAUAUUGCAAUAGACUGAAGAAAAUGAAAAUAUUUUUAUCACGAACAGAUGUUUCAAAGGAAGAGGUCAUUAAUGAAUUGGGAAAUGGGAUUGCAGCUUUUGAAUCAGUGCCAACUGCAAUUUAUUCCUUCCUGAGGUGCAUCAAUCCUGAUCCAGAAAUUCCAGAAAAGUACAAUGGGCUUGAAAGGACAAUAAUCUACAGCAUUUCACUGGGCGGUGACACUGAUACAAUUGCCACAAUGGCAGGAGCAAUCGCUGGGGCUUAUUAUGGAAAAGAUCACAUUCCACAGUCUUGGCAGAGGAGUUGUGAAGCAUAUAAAGAUGCAGAUUAUUUUGGGGAAAAACUGUGUGAGAUUUAUUGCAGUCGUCUAGCCUCCUUGCUAAAGACAAAAGCAUAGAAUUAAUUUUAAGAUGUGUUGUCAAUAAAAACAUCAAUUCAAAAUCUCAAAUGAAAAAUGUGGGCCUGAAUAAACAGGUCAUUUCUGAACCCAGUUGGUUAUUUUCUUUUCCUGGUUCUAUUUCAGUUGAGCAAUCAAAAUUGUUUGGGUAACAUUUCAAAGUGGUUAAUUUUGCUUGACUUUAACAAAAAAAAAUGUGAACCUUUCAAAGAAGCCUCAAUUGUAAUUAUUAUUAUUCCUUUCUACACAACCACAAACUUUAGAGUAGGAGUUAUGAGUAGCAGGUUUUUUCCCCCCUUAUUUAAUUGGAGUUAGCUACAUUGCCUAAACAAAUUAAGGAUGUGCUGCAGUAUUGGUAGUUUGACUUUUAGUGCCUCAGCCACAGAGAUGUUGCUACUUUUGCCAGGACAGUAGGUUUGCAAAUCCUUCAUUGCUCAAGUGUUCUGUUUUUUUUUUGUCAUGAGUUUGUUACCUAAACGUGACACAAAGGCCCCAGUGUUAAUUCAAAGCACCAUGUUACCAAACCUAAAUAUUGGAUUUUGUUUUCUGAUUUUUUUUGCUAAUCUUGGAUUAGGGAUUGCCUAUACGUCCCAUGGUGGGGGGUACAAGGCUGCAUUUACUCAGUUAGUAGCUAAGACCAGCAUUGUUUUGCAUUAUCUAAGCCACAUAAAUGACAAAUGGACAUGGACUGCUUUUCUUUUCAGCCAUCUUAGUCUUUGGACAAUGCAUCCGCUAUUGUUUUCUGGUAGGGCAUCCCAUGUCCUAAACCAUCUACAUCAUAAAUUAGUUUUCCUUUUGUUCUAGUGUAAUUUUAGUAACUUAUAAACUAGUAGAAGUAUUUUUAUCCUGAUUUUUCAGGAAAUUAACUCACUGUUUGGAACAGUUGUUGUAUGUAUUCCCGUACAUUUUGAUGGAAAAUCAGUUUCUUUACCUUUUGUGUCUAAAGCUCCUCCUCCCAUCUACCAUCAUUGAUCUUGAUGCCCAAAACUGAACACUGUAUUUAACUGCAGCCUAAACGAGAUGUGCUUAAAUUUGAUAAAUGUUUUGGUUUUAUUUGUAAGGCUUUUUAUAAAUUUUAGGAUCUUGUAUGAUUUAUUAAUUUUAUUGACUUUGACUCUGCAUUGUAUGUUAUAAAAUUUCAGCUGUUUAUAAGUUUGGGUGAAUAAAUGUAUGGAACUUAGUUCAUCAAUUGUUUUUGCCAGUAUAUAAAGAGUAUUACAGUAAAAUUCCAAUAAUCCACUAUCUGACUAUUAGGAAAUCCUGAUGGUUCAGGAUUUGCACUUGGGUAACAUUUGCACUUUCUGCUCGAUGGAGACCCAGUUCCCCUGCCCCCAAUACUUGCUAGGUUUACUGACCUGUUACUAUGUAAUAGCUUUUUUUGUUCAAAAAGAAAAGUGAAUUGGAAAUAAUUGAAGGAUUAAUAAAAAUAACAUCUGAGGGUCCAGAAAAUCUGCUGGUCCCACACCACAAAUUCCAAAUGUACCAGAUUUGAGGUUUCACUGUAUCAAAGUGAAAUUAUUCACACUAGUAAAAAAAUAGUUUAUUGAAAGAAUGGAAGCAUUGUGCUUGCCCAAUAUUCACUAUCCAGAAAGGUGUGUUGGACUAUUUAGCUCAUGAUAAGGAUUUACUUUUACCUACUAAAAAAUCGAGGCUGGCACUCCAGAGAAGUGUGAAUUAUUCCAUUAAUUUUAAUCGAGGUAAACACAACCAUGGUUUUUUUUUUAGCAAGUGUACUAUGCAAACAGUGGGGAAGAAUCGCUCCUUUAAGAUGCUAUUGAGUAUUCUUUCCCUGAAGAUUUAGGAAUGGAAUUUCCACGUCAUAACUUGGAAAAGAGAGAAUAAACUGUUUGUUGGUAGCUUCAAGGGAUCCAUAUUGCUGUCUGUAUUAGCCACAUUAAUUGAGGUGUCAAAAAGUGGACAGGAAGGAUCACAUGAUCCCAUCAAAAGGUGAAAAAGCUCUCAAUGCCCUGACCAAUUAUUUAUCCCUGGUCAGCACCACUAAAACAGAUUUAUCUGGACAUUACCUUGUAGCAGUUUCUGGGACCUUGCUCUGUACAAAUUGGUUGCCAUGUUUCCUGCAUUAUGAUAGUAAAUAUGCUUCAAAAGUACUCCACUGACUGUAAGCACUUUGGAAUGUCCUGAGAUCAAGAGAUGUAAUUACAAAUGUGCAAGUUUUUCUUGAUUUGUAAAUACUUCAAAAGUUUAAUGCUUUCCCAAAGCAUGCUUGAUGGAAUAAAAUUGUUUAUGUAAAAAUUUAAAGGUAGUAGAGAGAAGGGAAUGGGUUGUCAUUCAUGCUUUGUUUUUUUUUGUUAAAUUCUAGAUAGGAAUAGAAAUGUAUGUGAUUACAUUUGCAGUCAACAACUAAAUAACCGGGGAUUUUUUGUUAAGAAUGCAUAAAUGUAGAUAUUAAGAAAUACACUGUAAAUAUAUAUAUUCUAUAUAUAUAUAUAUAUUAGCCUCCCAUUCUAUGACAAAACUGGUUUAACUUUGAAGUACUUCAUGAUAAUAAAGAUGUUUUGUUUUUAAAUGUUUUAUCUCAAGUUAAGUGUUGAUGAGCUUUACUGUAUCCAUGUCAGUUAGCUGUGUGCUACGUAACAUUGUUUGCCCAUUGAGCUAUUGUGUUUCAUAAUACAAGAGAUUUCUUGUGGGAUUUGGGGAUUUGGUUAACAUGCUGUUGAAGAAAGUGUCCUUCAGUACAAGUCUUGUUGUUUGCUGAUGGGGUAACACAAUGUAAUUGUGAUGUAUCUGAACCAGUGAUUCUCAAUCUGUUGGCCAUGGGCCAGGCUGGCUGUAGUUACCGAUAUUUUGGUUUGACUUGUGUAAAACAACUUCCUGUAUAUCAUUUUAAAAACAAAAUGUUUUUACCAGGACGUCAGAUGAGCUGCACAGUGUGCUGAGUUGACUAUAGGUUGAGAAUCAGAUUUUUAAAUUAACUUUACAUUCAUUAGAUAAAUAUGAAACAUGUAUAAUGGGGAAUCUUUAAAGUGAAGUUGGAUACUGGCCUGCCCCAUUCUGGCAUUAGUCAACCACUGUCCCUAAG